AUGCUGACCGAAUUCGACGAAACAUGCGGAUGCAUCGGUCUUCAGCUGAAUCUACAAAAGACGAUGUUCAUGCCGAACGGAUGGAUCUCGGCCCCAUUCACGCUCAACGGAACGAGCAUAUCUGAAUGCACCAGGGAUUCGAAAAUCUCUCCUACGUCAGCGAUCGAAGAUCAGAAACGUCGCCGCGUUUGCCAAGGAAAGUAA